AUGAACCUUAGCAAAAGUCAAAUAUCAAAAAAUCAUACGCGAAAUAAAUGCAAAAGUGUUGAUAUACUUAUUUACAGCGGAACGCUUAUCGUGGAAUUCUAUGAUUGGUUGCGUAAUGAAUGGAAGUUUACUUUAACUGUAAAAAAGUUUGUUCAGAUAGAAGAAUAUUUUCCAUGGAUCAAGCUGCGCAUUAUUGACAAUGGAUUAAUGUUGCUCUGUGGUGAAUAUCUUGAAGUUGGUUUUACACCAUAA